CAAACUUUAAACAACUCACAAACGCCUUGUAUCCGAUUAUCCACGACGAGACUUCAUUCUUUAACACGCUACUUUCGUCUAUCCGAUACUUAUGCCAUUCUUACACUCAUAAUCGUUAUUAGAUCAAUUGUCCACCCGUAUACCCCAUUUAUUCUCUGUUGUCUCAACUCCAAGGCCUCAAUUUUAAACAAUCCUCUUCUGUUUGCCAAAACCCUUUCAAGCAUUCCUUCUGAAUAAAUUUCGGGACGAAAUUUCCUAAAGGAGGGGAGACUGUAACGCUUCGCGUUUUCACAACUUUCCAUAUUUAGAAACCGUUAUCCGUAUUCCUAUUUUUGGAAACUUUGGAUCCUUGUAUUAGUCGUUUCAUUUUAAUCGUCGAAAAAAAAAAUCUUCAUCUUUAAUCUAAUCGGUUAUAAAAAAAUGGUUAUUCAUUCUUGGUUUGUUUAACUAAAUUGAUUGAAUUUACUAUUUAAAAGUUUAUUUUGUUAUAAUAAACUAGUUAGUCUUGUUAACUUUUAAAGUUAGUAAAUGCAAAAUAACUUAGUUAGUUAAUUGUAGAGUUGGUGUUCUUUUAAGAAAAAUAACAUAAGUUAACCUAACUAUUUAAACCUCUUGAACCUUAACUUUUUCAUUUGUAGAAAACCCUAGCCCCCACCUAUUUUCUCUGCUUUCUCUCUCCCGUACAAGAACUGGCCACCGGAGUUAGAGUUCCGGCCAACUUCCGGCUGUCUUCUCCGGCCACACCCUCCCUUGAACCAGAACACACUUCACUCAAAGCCAACCACACACCUCCCUCUCUCCACUCUCGCUCUGAUGAACGAAUGGCUGGCCACCAUCAUCGGUGGCGGCGCUCGGUGACGGCGGCAGAACCACCACAGCGGCAGCGCGGUGGUGGGUGGCGUUUUAGUGGUGGUUGCGGCCAAGAGACGGUGGUUACGGGCAGUGGCAGCGGCGACAACGAAGACGACCGGAGUUUUGACGGGACUUGCGAAUCGUCGUGUUCGGGUGAUCGUUUCCCGUUCGUUAUUCUCCAUCUUUAUUUACUCUUGCGUUAUUUCAAGAAAUUCUUAUACGCAACCAAUGUUGAUUAAUGAAGUAUGGAUGAUUGAUGAAACAAGUUUAGGGUGGACUAGAU